AUGCCAACAGCACAUCCGGAAGAGCACACGGCCGACUCGUCGCAUUCCAAAUCCUCACUCGAGACUGCCGACACCGCUGUCAACGCUUCCGAUUCUGAACCAAUCGAGGUCGAAUUUGUAGGAGAUGUGAAGACAGACAACAAAUUACCUUCUCUUAAGACAUUGAAGAAGAUUGAGAACUUGCCGGUUCUGGAUCAAGAUGGGAAGGCGAUUCCGUUCAAGAAUUUAUAUACGGGUCCCAAUGUUGCGAGACGGGUGUUGAUUAUUUUUAUUCGGCAUUUCUUCUGCGGAAACUGCCAAGAAUACAUUCGAACGCUCACCUCCUCAAUCUCGACCUCCUCUCUCCUCUCACUCCCUACACCUACCUUCAUCGCCAUAAUCGGCCACGGCGACCCCUCUCUCAUCCCAAUGUACCAGCGCGAAACCUCGUGCCCAUUCCCCAUCUACGCCGACCCGACCAAGAAACUCUACUCAGAGCUCGGAAUGACACGCACCCUCAACCUCGGCUCCAGACCCGAGUACCAGCGCAAGGAGCUCUUUAGCAUAAUGCUAGACGGCUUCGUGCAAUCCUUGAAGAUGCUGAGAGGCGGGAGAGCGCUGAAAGGAGGUGAUUACCAUCAAGUUGGAGGAGAAUUCCUUUUCGAGCCCGUAGAGAUGGAGUCUCCGAGUCCGCUGUCUAGUCCGGAGGAACAGACGAAGCGGCUGGGUGAGCAGGGGAUGUUGGAGAUGGGAGCUGUGGAGGAGAAACACGUUACGUGGUGUCAUCGGAUGCGGAAUACGAGGGAUCAUGCUGAGAUUCCGGAGGUGAGGGAGGUGUUGGGGUUGGGUGACGGAGAGGAGCUGCCGAAGGGGGUUAAUGAAAAGAGGUGGAGAGCUGCGUUGUUGGUGAGGAAGGGGACGGGGUUGAGUACUGUUAGUACGGAGGGGAGACCGAGUGUGGGUCUUAGUAGGAAGUUGCAGGAGUUGGAGGAUGAUGGUGCUGGGUUGAAGACGCGAGCCUAG